CGAUUGGCACAACAACAAUUAUUAUGGCAAAUAAUACGUUAUGUUUUAACUGUGACAAAUGUCAUGCCUAAUUAAGUGUUAUUAUUUCUGGUCAAUUUUAUGGUCACAAUUCAGCAUAUCGAAACAAAGCUGACUUUCUUGAAUGCAGAUCUGGUCACUCUCUAAGCUUAAAGGAGUUCACACACACACAGGUGCAGGUCACAAAAAGCUGCCAUAGACAAUUGCACUAUAGAGAGGAAAAAAGAGAAAGCGGAGCAAAAGUCAAAAGUAGAGUAAAUUUGUUGCGGCACAAUGGGGCACGUGUCGCAAGCAGCAGCAAGUGGAGCUGAAAGGAGGCGACAACAGUGUGCGGUUAGCUAGCUUUAGCUUCUCUUCUUGUGUCAAAAGGGGAGCAACACUAAAGGUGGCAAUGACAUACACACUAAUAUAUACAUACAUUCAUACAUACACGCAUACAUAUGCAAGCAAUGCUCAAGAAAGAAGGAAAGAGAAGAAGAAACAGGUAGGCACAAGUUGAGUGCACUCACAAAUACAUAUGCAGACGAAGAAGCAAUCGAAAUGCAUUUGAAUUGAGCAGCGAACAGCAUGCGCUGAUUGCUGCCUAUGUGUGAGUGUGUGUGUGGGUGAGAUGUACAGUGGAUCAAAGCUUAUUUAAUCAAAUUUAAAGUAUUAUGCUCGCUAAACUAUGAGAGCUAUUAAAAUAAUUUAAAUGAAAGCUUUUAAUGCAUUGCUUAAACUUAAAAUAUCACACUUCAUUUAUUUUUGAAAAUUUUUUGUUUUUAAAUAUGCUGGUAUCCACUGUAAGUGCAAAAAAGGUAGUCAAAUAAAAAGGGCACAACCAAAAAAAUAUAUAUAUAUGUAUGUAUGUACAUACAUUUACAUAUACAUAUGUAUACAUGUGCAUGCAUAUAUAUAAAAAGGGCAGAGCACUUGCCACACAAAACGAUUUACACGACACUAAAGCUAAAAACAGGCGCACGCCACUAUAAAAAAAGAAAGGAAAGAGGAGCGAGCUGAGGUGAGAGAACGACGUCAUGACUGAGAACAGCAGCUACAACAAAAACAACGACACAAAUAAGAAGAGGAGGCGCGUUAAGGCAGCGCCAGGUACUUUUUUACGGGGCUACUGUUCAAAUUUGCAUAUGCUUUAAAUAUUUAAUGUAAUUCAAAAAAGAGAGGAGACAAGUAUCACAACCCAAGGCAGCUUCACUUUCAGCUCCAACAAGAACACCAACAACAACGCACAAUGUGCCAAUUGGACAAACGGCGGCGCGCAGCUGUAUAAUUCAAUUGUUUUUUUUUUUAUAAACGGACUGCUGGUCAGAAAAACGCAAGCAAGGCGAUAUAUACAAUACAAAUACAAAUUCUCAGCCAAAUGGAAAAAAAAAACGUUCGCGCAUUUGGCGAAAAAAUCAAUUUUCCGUGUGAUUGCCAAAUGCAAUUGCUGCCUGCCCUGUGUGACUAACAACACACCAAGCCGCCACAUAGAAUGGGGCGCAACAACACACACACACACACACAUGACAAAGAAAAGAAAAAUAAUAUAGCAGAAAACUUCUUAUUGGGUGGCCCUGGGACAGACACGAGUUUACGCCAGCCCUGGCUUACAGCUGGCUUUCGACUUACGCAGCGUUUUGUGGCCUUUUUUAACGUAAGUUUCACUGUUAAUUAUUGACAUAACAAAUGCGGCGCCUAGAACAAGAACACGAGCUGAUGACGGCAACAACACCAGAGGCUCCAAUCAGGACUCACACACACGUUCGCACGCGGAGCAAAGUCGGAGAAUGAGCGAGAGAAAGGCACACGCGAAAUUGCUCACAUUAACUUGUCGAAGUAAAUGGGCAGUCAAAAAGCAAAUAAAGAAUAUGAAACUAGCUUCUAAUUUAAAAAAAAAAAAUGCUCGUCCUUUUUGUUUUGUGUGCAAUAUUCCAUUCUCUACGUGGUAGCCAAAUGAAAUGAAUGAAACUGGUUGCCGCACUCUUUCCUCCUCUUGUAGCUGUCGGUCGACACUAGGCUACGCAUACACGCACGAUAAAAAUCGCACACACUCCCACGCAAAAACGAAGCACAGCACAAAUCACAUGUUUCAGACUUUCACUCAUACAGGGUGCGUUCAGAAGUUUCAGGACGACAGGACCUUACUCAUUUGUAUAUGCUUUUAGCAGUCAGUUUAGCCAAAUCAUAUUGAGUGUGGCAAACGUUUCGUGGCUAAAUGAACAACAGUCUGAAUUGGGCAGGCAAAGCAGUCAGACGACGUCGUCUCCAAGGGCGCUGGGUGAAUUUUGUUUAAUCGGCGAUUCAUAUUGAAAGUAAAAUGGACGACAAUGGGAUUCCUUAUGCCAUGGAUCCCAAGGAAGCGUGGCUGGAAAAGAUAACAUUCGGUGGAUUUCGUCGCUGGCAUAUUAUAGCCGCAGUGCUUGGCAUACUGAUGAGUAUUAUGAUUAUGGUCUGUUGCUGCAUAAGAUUUCGUAUACCACGCACCAAACAGGAAAUCGAAGCGGAUUAUCAACGCAAACAGAUCACCAAAAAGUUUCGCGAGAAACUGCAACAGAUUAAAAACUCCGAAAUGGAUGACAUGGAUCUGCAAAAAGUUUGCGUGCGCAUACAAAGCGAUUACCUGAAUUUGCAGGCCAGCAGAGAGAGCAUGAACGAGAAGCAGAAUGUUAAAUUUAAGAUCUAAUAAACUACUUUAAAGAUAAUAAUUUUAAUAAUAAAA